CACCUUUGUCUGCCCCACAGAAAUCGUGGCUUUCAGCAACAAGGCAAAUGAAUUUCGUGAUGUGAACUGUGAAGUGGUGGCAGUUUCUGUGGAUUCCCAUUUUUGUCACCUGGCCUGGAUAAAUACGCCACGAAAGAGUGGCGGUUUGGGCAAAAUGAAUAUUCCAGUUCUGUCAGACCUCACAAAACAAAUCUCCCGCGAUUACGGCGUGCUGCUAGAAGGACCUGGCAUAGCACUAAGAGGUCUCUUCAUCAUUGAUCCGAAUGGAGUCAUCAAGCAUCUCAGCAUCAAUGAUCUCCCCGUCGGUCGUAGCGUGGAGGAGACGCUCCGCUUGGUGAAAGCAUUCCAGUACGUGGAAACACACGGAGAGGUUUGCCCGGCAAACUGGACGCCCGACUCCCCUACAAUCAAGCCAAAUCCAGAAGGUUCUAAAGAAUAUUUUGAGAAAGUGCAUACAUAA